ACGCCGGAUCGUCCCGGUGUGAAGAGGAGUUCCUGCGCUGGGAGGUGGGCAGGGCGGGGCUUAGUGUCAUGUGGCCGCCGUGACGUCACAGCCGGUCACAUGAUCGGGAAAGGUCCCGCUCAAGUGUGCUCCGCGCUCCGCGCGGGUUGUGCGCUCUCAGCACAUAUGUUUUUUGUUACAUGAAUGCAAAUGUGCGGCCGCUCACUGUCUAGGCCCAGAUGCCGGGAGGCCGCACAUUUGCAUGCGGCCGGUGUGAAGGGGUUAAUAAUUUUUGUUU